CACUGAUACAUGACACUGAUAUAUGGCACUGAUUCGCAUUGAUAGGCGGCACUGACUGGCACUGAUAGGUGGCACUGAUGGGUGACAUAGAAAGGUAGCUCAGAUGGGCACUGAUAUGUGGCAUUGAUGGGCACUGGUAUGCACUGAUAUGUGGCAUUGAUGUGGCACUGAUGGGCACUGGCACGUGGCACUGAUGGACACUGACAGGUGGCACUUCUGGAGCCACACUGAUCAUCAGGGCACACUGAUCAUUAGUGCCCUGAUGAUCACUGAUCACAUGACCGAACUGACAUCUUCGGCUCUUUCCGUGAUCCGCGGGACACAGCGCACCGGCGAU